AUGAAAGAGGCGAGCGACGGACAACAACCCGAUUGCCAUUUUCAUUCCGGACUUCUCGUUGCGGACUACUUCCGCGGAGGCGAAGAAUGGCCAGACGAGGUGACAGGAUCUCGUGAGAAUCGACAAGAUGGACGACAGAUGGAUUGUGUUGAUCAAGUGAAUCCCAAGACGGGAUCCUCUGACUGUCCACAGCGCGCACACCUGUGCAACAAUCCGAAAUAUCAAGCACUAAUGGCCAAAGAGUGUCCGAAAACAUGCAAUAAAUGCAAGGACUCAUCAACGGAACCAGCCACAACUUCUAGUCCUAACUCACGCAAACCAGCUACAUCCACACAGCACCCAUCACCACAAACUAACAGCAAUUGUGUUGAUCAAGUGAAUCCCAAGACGGGAUCCUCUGACUGUCCACAGCGCGCACACCUGUGCAACAAUCCGAAAUAUCAAGCACUAAUGGCCAAAGAGUGUCCGAAAACAUGCAAUAAAUGCAAGGACUCAUCAACGGAACCAGCCACAACUUCUAGUCCUAACUCACGCAAACCAGCUACAUCCACACAGCACCCAUCACCACAAACUAACAGCAAUUGUGUUGAUCAAGUGAAUCCCAAGACGGGAUCCUCUGACUGUCCACAGCGCGCACACCUGUGCAACAAUCCGAAAUAUCAAGCACUAAUGGCCAAAGAGUGUCCGAAAACAUGCAAUAAAUGCAAGGACUCAUCAACGGAACCAGCCACAACUUCUAGUCCUAACUCACGCAAACCAGCUACAUCCACACAGCACCCAUCACCACAAACUAACAGCAAUUGUGUUGAUCAAGUGAAUCCCAAGACGGGAUCUUCUGACUGUCCACAGCGCGCACACCUGUGCAACAAUCCGAAAUAUCAAGCGCUAAUGGCCAAAGAGUGUCCGAAAACAUGCAAUAAAUGCAAGGACUCAUCAACGGAACCAGCCACAACUUCUAGUCCUAACUCACGUAAACCAGCUGCUGCCAAGCCCAAACAAACUAAUACUAAUUCUGCUCGAACUUCGCACUGUGUUGAUCAAGUGAAUCCCAAGACGGGAUUCUCUGACUGUCCACAGCGUGCAUACCUGUGCAACAAUUCGAAAUACCAAGCACUAAUGGCCAAACAGUGUCCGAAAACAUGCAAUAAAUGCAGAAAUUCAUCAGCUAAUGAUACUGAUAAACAGCCACAAACUUAUAAUUCUGAUUCACACAGGGCACCCAAAAACUGCUCAGAUUUAAUCAAUCCACACACAGGAGUUUCGGAUUGUUCAAUGAGAAAAAAGCUGUGUAAUCAGCCCCAUUACCGUAGCCUUAUGCGACAGCAGUGUCCAAAAACAUGUGGUUUUUGUUCAUAA